AUGGAUUCUUUCAAGACAUAUUUCCUUAUUUUGGUCAAAUUCGAGUCACUAUGUCUUUCUCGACUGCCUCCAGCUCUGUCCUGUACCCUCACCCUGACCAGAGGCAGAUAUCCUGAGACAUCUGCCUCGACUGGACAGGGUGAGGGUAUAGGACAGAGGUCAGACAGAACAAAUAACUUCCUCAGUCUGGGAUUAACAGAAGCUCAUCUCAUCUUAAAUACUCCUGGUUUUGUGAGAGUCCUCGUUUUUCUGCUCCUCCAGAUCAUCUUCUACGAGGACCGGAACUUCGGCGGUCGUCACUACGAGUGCAUGAGCGACUGCGCUGACCUGCACUCGAUGUUCGACCGCUGCCGGUCCAUCCGGGUGGAGAACGGCAUGUUCAUGGUGUACGACCGGCCAGGCUUCACCGGAAACCAGUUCUUCAUGAGGAGGGGCGAGUACUCAGAUUACAUGAGCAUGACCAGCAUGAACGACUGCGUCAGGUCCUGUCGCUUGAUCCCUCCGUACAGCAGCAGCUUCAGGUUGAGGCUGUUCGAACACUUCGACAUGGCCGGUGAGAUGAUGGAGCUGACCGACGACUGUCCAAACCUCAUGGACCGAUUCCACAACUCCAACUUCAACUCGUGCAACGUGGACGGACACUGGCUGCUGCACGAGCAGCCCGGCUACAGGGGGCGCCACUACUACCUGAGGCCCGGAGACUACAGGAGCUUCAGCGAGUGGAACGCCAUCAGCUCCAGGAUCGGCUCCGUCAGGCGCCUCAUGGACCUCUAAAG